CCUGUCAAGGGGUGGGGCUACCCAUGCAGCCCUCAACAGCUUGCCAAAACUCGGGGUGUGACUGUAGUAUGUCUUAAUUGUGAUUUCCUAACUGAUGUUUCUGGCUUAGAUAACAUGGCCACGCAUUUGAGUGAAAGCCAUACUCACACUUGCCAAGUUAUUAUAGAGAAUGUUUCCCUAGGUUGCCCAACUGCUGAGCAUGUAUCUGAGUUAAAGACUGAAAUCUCCAUUAGAGAGAGAGAAGCUAAAUCUGAGAAAAAAUCAAGAUCUAGUUUAUCUGAAGGAAAAACAGAAACAUCAACUUUUGAAAGCCAUGGCAUUCUGAGUGGAAGAUCCUGGACUGGAACUUCUCAUCCUCUAACUUCUACAAGCCAAGCAAAUGACACUUCAAAGGAAGCAAAAGAAUGCAAUGGAAAUCAAAGUAAAAGAGGCUCAUCAGUGGAAAAGAUUGAAGAAAAUACAUCAGUGUCAAAUACGGAAGAUGCCUCCAAUGUAGUGCUCCAGGACACUUGUUUAAAGAACUCAGCAUGUGAGGGAAGACCGUGUUGUGAUUCAGAAAACAGUGAUCAAGUAAUAGGAGAAAAACAAAAGCAUACUUGUGAUACAACUGAACUUAAAACUUCUCCAAGUUCAGAAAAUGCCAUCGUGAAUGAACAGAAUAAAGAGGAUAGCUUGGGUGAAACUACAAUUUCAACAGUGAACACCAAGGACUUAAAACUGACAUUGGGUGAAGAUGUUAGUUUUGAGCAGUUUUUAAGAAAAAGAGAUGAACCUGAAUCUAUUAGUUCUGACAUUAGCGAACAAGGCAGUAUUCAUUUGGAGCCUUUGACUCCCUCAGAGGUACUAGAGCAUGAAGCUACAGAAAUACUUCAGAAAGGUAAUGUUACAUCUUCAUCAAAGAAAACUGGACUGGUUUCUGAACAAACGGAUGACUUUUCUAAAGGAAGCAGUCCCAGCAGUGUAGAGACAACUGUAAACCAGACGGAUGAGAAUGAAGAAAGCUGAAAAUAUAGAUUAACCUUUAUUCAGCUUUAAUAUAAAUAAUGGUAACAAUGCCUUGGGCCAUUCUUGAUGGGUAUGCUCAUUGAUGACGAUCAGAGUAUUGAGAUAGAAAAAGAAGAGAUCAAUUUUUGGGUUUUUUUUUUUAUGAAGAAGGCAGUUUAUACAAAUAUACAACCUAGAUUACUGAAUUUCUAAAUGUAUAAAGUAUAGCAUGUAUUCACAUGUAUCCGAAAGAUUGGAAGAGACACUCAAAAAUGGAAACAACACGUUUUUUCCGGUGAUAUUUCCUAGGGUAAGGUGAAGGUGAUCUGCUGUUAGCCAAGAAGAAAAGAUGAGAUAGUCCCCAUGCAGGAAUCCUUUUAACAGCAAGGUUUUAAAUAAAUGAGAUUGUAGUGCUGAAAUAGAGCAUGCUCACACAAUGGUGCAUUGGUCUACUGAGAGUUUGGAUAAACAUAAACCCACUUUGGAUUUGACGUCACAUUCCUGUCUGUCAAAGCAUGUAGCCAGAACUGUAUGAAUCUAUGCACCUCUGUACAGGUGUAAUUCUGCCAGGCUGUAAGCUUAUCUUAAUUAAACUUUCAGUGAAAGUGGAAUUAUUACAAUAUAAAUAUAUAUUUGUGGAUUUUUCAGUGUGCAAGCUGUGCAGAAAUACCUGACGUACUCAUUGUAUAAAGUAGGACAUACUGCUCAAAGUACUGUAGCUGUUAGGCCAUUACUGUUGUUUUAAUGAUUUUAAUUAGUGGUAGACCCAUAAGAGUGGCCUGUAAGUCAAACCAAAGUAUGGUUUAAUGUAGAAAUUUAAAUGAAAUGAACUGGAAACAGACUGGCAUGUAUUCUGCCAUUUUUGCAGCUGCUACUUGCUAACUGUUACAAAAAUCAAGGGCAUAUAAAGCGGAGAUGUACAAUUUGAUUUCAGGACAUUUUGUAGUCUAACUUAUGUACAAGAAUAUGGCUGGUGAAAAACAUUUUUGGGGUUUUUUUUGCUAUGUAGCUAGCAGCAAGGUAUUGGAAUGCAUAAUAUGAUUAACAGUAGCUUGCUCUGAAAUAUUAACAAACUUAAUUAAAAUGCUCCUUUUGAAUCCUUUAGAAUGCUUUGACUUUCAGUUUUGUUUUUAAUGAAUGUUAAAUGUUUUGAACAGCUAUUAAACACUGCUGUAAAUAUUACUUUUUGAGUAAAUAUUUGCAACAAAAUACUGUCUUCGUGAAUAAUUUUAAUUUUCAGAUUACUUUGUGCGGUCUUACAAUUUCUUUAAAUAUUUUGGUUUCUGUCUGCAGAGCUAUCAUUUAUCUUAAAUUUAGUGAGUGAUGUAUAUAAUGAGUCUGAAAUUAAAUGUGC